AUGAGCCGGUGUAUCAUGGCGACAUACGUGGAUAUUCUGAAGAGCGAGUUUCCCGAAAUUGACACCGAAGUGUUCGAAUACAUCACGGGUAAGAGACUGUAAAUGGAUGGAGAUGGUGUGUGGAUCUCGUACACUUUAAAAUGCCACCGGUUAGAAGAUUGGCGGAUGGCUUCUUCUCCUCUGCCACGUGAAGUAAGGUUAGCUAGCAUAGCCGUUCCCACACAGCGUUGAGGCACAGUCACGUUAGCUGGUUAGCCAACACGUAACAUGCCGGUAGUUAGCUCAUAAUUGGCCCAUUUGAACCACUAACCGGAUGAGCUAGGCUAACUAAUUUAUUGCCUUCAAUUAAUAGCAAACUAGCUGCUUCUGUGUGAGUUUACCGGCAUGCAAUAAUAAUAAUAAUACAUGGGACUUAGUUAUAUUGCGCUUUUCAUGGACCCAAAGUCGCAAAACAAAUUUUUUUAGUUAAAACAAAACAUCAGCCUAAACAUGAACAAGGAGAGCGGUGGGCUGAAGGAAGGGAAAGCGUUAUCGAUCAGUGAAUGGGGAGGUUGGGGUUUGGAUAUGAAGCCGGUUUACAUAGGGCUUUCAACACUUCCGAAUUCGUCAAACGAAGUUCCGGCCAUAUUAAUUUUGGAGCAAGGCGCAGGGGAUUGUGGGAAGGUGUGCGUCGAGAACCCUACUAGUCGAGCAGUAGGAAAGGUUGUUGUUCUACUUUAUGCAAACAUAUUCUACAUAGUUAAGCGCAUAAAACGUGGUAAUUAACUACAAUUAUUUUUUUUACAUUUCACCUUUAUUUAACCAGGUAAGCCAGUUCAGAACAAGUUCUCAUUUACAAAGCAAAGCAGUGCGAUAAAAACAACAAACACAGAGUUACAUAUGGAAUAAACAAAACGUACAUUUAAUAACACAAUAGAAAAUCUAUAUACAGUGUAUUCAAAUGUGGUAAAUUAUGGAGGUAAGGCAAUAAAUAGGCCAUAGUGCAAAAUAAUUACAAUUUAGUAUUAACACUGGAGUGUUAGAUGUGCAGAAGAUGAUGUGUGAAUAGAGAUACUGGGGUGCAAAUGAGCAAAAUAAAUAACAAUGUAAAUAACAAUAUGGGAAUUAGGUAGUUGGGUGGGCUAAUUACAGAUGGGCUGUGUACAGGUGCAGUGAUCGGUAAGCUGCUCUGACAACUGAUGCUUAAAGAUAAUGAGGGAGAUAAGUGUCUCCAGCUUCAGAGAUUUUUGCAGUUCGUUCCAGUCAUUUGCAGCAGAGAACUGGAAGGAAUGGCGGCCAAAGGAGGUGUUGGCUUUGGGGAUGAGCAGUGAGAUAUACCUGCUGGAACGCAUACUACGGGUGGGUGUUGCUAUGGUGACCAAUGAGCUAAGAUAAGGCAGGGAUUUGCCUAGAAGAGAUUUAUAGAUGACAUGGACCCAGUGGGUUUGGCGACGAAUAUGUGGUGAGGGCCAGCCAACGAGAGCGUACAGGUCACAAUGGUGGGUAGUAUAUGGGGCUUUGGUGACAAAACGGAUGGCACUGUGAUAGACUACAUCCAAUUUGCUAGUAGAGUAGAGUGUUGGAAGCUAUUUUGUAAAUGACAUCGCCGAAGUCAAGGAUCGGUAGAAUAGUCCGUUUUACGAGGGCAUGUUUAGCAGCAUGAGUGAAGGAGGCUUUGUUGCGAAAUAGGAAGCCAAUUCUAGAUUUAACUUUGGAUUGGAGAUGCUUAAUGUGAGUCUGGAAGGAGAGUUUACAGUCUAACCAGACACCUAGGUAUUUGUAGUUGUCCACAUAUUCUAAGUCAGACCCGCCGAGAGUAGAGAUUCUAGUCGGGGGGGCAGGUGCAAGCAGCGUUCGAUUGAAGAGCAUGCAUUUAGUUUUACUAGCGUUAAAGAGCAGUUGGAGGCCACGGAAGGAGUGUUGUAUGGCAUUGAAGCUCGUUUGGAGGUUUGUUAACAGUGUCCAAUGAAGGGCCAGAUGUAUACAAAAUGGUGUCGUCUGCGUAGAGGUGGAUCUGAGAAUCACCAGCAGCAAGAGCGACAUCAUUGAUAUACACAGAGAAUAGAGCCGGCCCGAGAAUUGAAUGGGCAAGUUGCAGUGGAGGGUGCAGAGCUGGUGGCCGGGGUAAGGAUAGCCAGGUGGAUAGCAUUGCCAGCCGUAGCAAAAUGCUUAUUGAAAUUCUCGAUUAUCGUCGAUUUAUCGGUGGUGACAGUGUUUCCUAGCCUCAGUGCAGUGGGUAGCUGGGAGGAGGUGCUCUUAUUCUCCAAGGACUUUAGUGUCCCAAAACUUUUUCGAGUUAGUGCUACAGGAUGCACAUUUCUGUUUGAAAAAGCUAGCCUUUGCUUUCCUAACUGAUUGUGUAUAUUGGUUCCUGACUUCCCUGAAGUUGCAUAUUGCGGAGCUGUUCGAUGCUAAUGCAGUACGCCACAGGAUGUUUUUGUGCUGGUCAAGGGCAGUCAAGUCUGGGGUGAACCAGGGGCUAUAUCUGUUCUUAGUUCUGCAUUUUUUGAAUGGGGCAUGCUUAUUUAAGAUGGAGAGGAAAGCACUUUUGAAGAACAUCCAGGCAUCCUCUACUGACGGAAUGAGGUCAAUAUCCAUCCAGGAUACCGGGCCGGGUCAAUUAGAAAGGCCUGCUCGCUGAAGUGUUUUAGGGAGCGUUUGACAGUGAUGAGGGGUGGUCGUUUGACCGGGAACCCAUUACGGACGCAGGCAAUGAGGCAGUGAUCGCUGAGAUCCUGGUUGAAGACAGCGGAGGUGUAUUUAGAGGGUAAAUUAGUCAGGAUGAUAUCUAUGAGGGUGCCCAUGUUUACAGAUUUAGGGUUGUACCUGGUAGGUUCCUUGAUAAUUUGUGUGAGAUUGAGGGCAUCUAGUUUAGAUUGUAGGACAGGCGGGGUGUUAAGCAUAUCCCAGUUUAGGUCACCAAGCAGUACGAACUCAGAGGAUAGAUGGGGGGCAAGCAAUUCACAUAUGGUGUCCAGGGUACAACUGGGGGCUGAGGGGGGUCUGUAGCAAGCGGCAACAGUGAGAGACUUAUUUCUGGAAAGGUGGAUUUUUAUAAGUAGAAGCUCAAAAUGUUUGGGCACAGACCUGGAUAGUAUGAUAGUUGGCAGUUCUAUCUAGAUGGAAAAUGUUGUAAUUCGGGAUGGACCUUUCUGAAUAGUAUGAUAGUUGGCAGUUCUAUCUAGAUGGAAAAUGUUGUAAUUCGGGAUGGACAUUUCUGAAUUUUUGGUGGCCUUCCUAAGCCAGGAUUCAGACACUGCUAGAACAUCAGGGUUGGCAGAGUGUGCUAACGCAGUGAAUAACUCAAACUUGGGGAGGAGGCUUCUGAUGUUGACAUGCAAGAAUCCAAGGCUUUUACGGUUACAGAAGUCAACUAAUGAUAGCGCCUGGGGAGUAGGAGUGAUACUGGGGGCUACAGGGCCUGGGUUAACAUCUACCUCACCAGAGAAACAGAUGAGGAAUAGAAUAAGGAUACGGCUAAAGGCUUUAAGAACUGCUCUUCUAGUGCGUUGGGUACAGAGAAUAAAAGGGGCAGAUUUCCGGGCGUUGUAGAAUAGAUUCAGGGCAUUAUGUACAGACAAGGAUAUGAGUACAGUGGAGGUACACCUAAGCAUUGGGUAACGAUGAAAGAGGUAGCAUCACUGGAGGUACCGAUUGAGCCGGUCUCCACGUGUUUGGGGGGUGGGACAAAGGAGUUCUCUGAGGCUGGUUGAGCGGGACUGGAGGUUCUACAGUGAAAUAGUACAAUAAGAACUAGCCCAAACAGCAAUAGGCUAGGCAUAUUGACAUGGGAGAGAGGCAUAACGCAAUCACAGGUGUUAUUCGAGAGGGCUAAGACAACAACUGGUAAUGGCGACAAAAGUUUGGGCUGAGGCUAAACAGAUAAACAGGAUCGGGUACCGUGUAAAGGAACAGUCCAGCAGGCAUCAGCUGUGUAGCUGAGUGAUCAUAAGGUCUAGUGAACAGCAAUAGCUAAGUCCGGGAGCAGUUUGUAGGCUGCUACAGCACAGGCGAGCAGGAGGCACGGCUGUUGAUUGCGCGUGCUAGCGGGCCGGGGCUAGCAGAUGGAUGUUCAUGGUCGUCGCAACGGGAAGCCUGUUGAAACCCCGUCAGACGAUUACGACGGCAGACCAGUCGUGAUGGAUCGGCGGGGCUCCGUGUUGACACUAGGAGGUCCCGUCCGGUUGACAGAGAGGUAGAUAGCCGGGAGAUGGGCCUGGCUCGAGGCUAGCUCAAGGCUAACUGGGGCAUCGGGACAGUGGUGUAUAAGCCAACAACAGCCAUUCGGUUGCAGCUAGCUAGUUGCGAUGAUCCCGUGUUAAGGUCCAGUGAUUCCGGCAGAAAAUCUGAUAUGCUCUGGAUCGAUAGCACGCUGUGCAGACCGAUAAUUGUCCAGGCUAGAGCUGGCUGGUAAGUAGUGCAGGCCAUGGACAGUGAUGAAGACCGCUAACUGUGGCUAAUAGCAAGUAGCUAGUUAGCUGGCUAGUUUCAGCUGUAGGUUUUUGAUAAAAAUAAAGGAAAUAAUAGAAUCCGUUCCAUAUUGGGUGAGGCGGGUUGCAGGGAAGUAUAUUUGGUUAAAGGAUGGGAAGUGAGAUAGAGAAAUAUAUACGAAAAAAAGACAAAAUAAAAAAACAGGCUAUUUACACGAGGACACAACACAAUUCACGACCACACUGCUACACGCAUCUACUUGUCUGGUCUGUUUUUAUUUUAGGCAUGCUAUGGAACAGACAGAAGAAUGCGCGAUCGUGAGGGGUUGUACAGAUCAGCUGUUACUUCGCAAGGUAUCUCUACCUGAAAAUACAUGAUCUAAGUGAUUGAUAGUUGGUAUUCAGCAGUCAUAAAAGUAUGCUUUAUUUACUUUGCAGAACUACAAAAUGGUGAUUUUGUCAGACAGCAUAGACAGCAGCUCUAUUGAGAUGAGAUGACUUGUAAUGAAAUAAUAGUAAUCAAAUAAACCAAAUGUAAUAUACACAAAAACUAUUAAAGUAAUGUGAAUAAAUUAUGGUUAAUACGUGAUAAGCAGUAAUGGGCAGUCACUUACAUCAUGGGACUUUAAUUGUUUUAUUCUGUGUUACAGCAUUCAACCCAAAUAAUCGUAACCGAAAUCGAAAACCGUGAUUAUAUUUUAUAAUUCACUAACUGUAAGUUUUUAGUAUUUUAGUAUUCACUAACUGUAAGUCGCUCUGGAUAAGAGCGUCUGCUAAAUAACUAAAAUGUAAAUGUAAAUGUGCUUGUGCUGCUAGCUAGCUAUGAACAUCCCAAGUGGCGCAGUGCUAGCUGUGCCACUAGAGAUCCUGGUUCGAAUCCAGGCUCUGUCGUAGCCGGCCGCGACCGGGAGACCCAUGGGGCAGCGCACAAUUGGCCCAGCGUCGUCCAGGGUAGGGGAGGGAAUGGCCGGCAGGGAUGUAGCUCAGUUGGUAGAGCAUGGCUUUUGCAAUGCCAGGGUUGUGGGUUCGAUUCCCACGGGGGGCCAGUAUGAAAAAAAAAAAAAUGUAUGCACAACAAAGUUUGAAAGUCAAAGCCACAAUUUCUGUUACCCGAAGUACCCAUCUUUUAAAAUUAAAAUUAAAUUAGUGAAAACAAAAAUACAUAUAAAAAAAAAACGUAAAGAAAAAUAACCAUUGAUCGACCUGAACCUCAAAAUUGUGAUCAAAGCCACCAUUUAUGAAUGUGUUGACAAUAAAAUUUGCCCACCAAAGGAUAGAAAUUACCAGUAAUACACAUUAUAACAUUGUAAAUGAUACACCAAGCAUGAAUUUCCUAUGUAAUAUGCUACCCAUUGGAUUAUGGUAUUUUAACAUUAUGACUCUCAUAUAUUAUAGCUUAGGGCGCUUUCAUUAUACCUGUGUCAUGAAAUUGAUGAUUAUAGCUCACUUCCUUUAAAAUACAUAGGCCUACAUGUAAAAUGCACAUGAAUGGGUACUUUGGGUAACAGAAAUUGUGGCUGUGACUUUCGAACUUUGUUGUGCAAAUCUCUCUUCACCCACCAUCAUCACCAACAAUCUCUACAGUCCUGACCUUCUGAUCUUGUCUUUGUAUUCUUAAAUCAUUCUCAGUAAAUGAACGAGGUAGAAAUAUAUAACACUCCCCUACAAAUUGUCAGCUCCUUAUUUUAGGGCUGACCCCAAUUUGUCUAUUGUUUGGUUUAUAGGCUGUUGGUCGACAGAGAUUUUUUUUUGUCGAGCAGUAGCAUAUAUAUACAGUGGGGAGAACAAGGAUUUGAUACACUGCCGAUUUUGCAGGUUUUCCUACUUACAAAGCAUGUAGAGGUCUGUAAUUUUUAUCAUAGGCACGCUUCAACUGUGAGAGACGGAAUCUAAAACAAAAAUCCAGAAAAUCACAUUGUAUGAUUUUUAAGUAAUUCAUUUGCAUUUUAUUGCAUGACAUAAGUAUUUGAUCACCUACCAACCAAUAAGAAUUCCGGCUCUCACAGACCUGUUAGUUUUUCUUUAAGAAGCCCUCCUGUUCUCCACUCAUUACCUGUAUUAACUGCACCUGUUUGAACUCGUUACCUGUAUAAAAGACACCUGUCCACACACUCAAUCAAACAGACUCCAACCUCUCCACAAUGGCCAAGACCAGAGAGCUGUGUAAGGACAUCAGGGAUAAAAUUGUAGACCUGCACACGGCUGGGAUGGGCUACAGGACAAUAGGCAAGCAGCUUGGUGAGAAGGCAACAACUGUUGGCGCAAUUAUUAGAAAAUGGAAGAAGUUCAAGAUGACGGUCAAUCACCCUCGGUCUGGGGCUCCAUGCAAGAUCUCACCUCGUGGAGCAUCAAUGAUCAUGAGGAAUGUGAGGGAUCAGCCCAGAACUACACAGCAGGACCUGGUCAAUGACCUGAGGAGAGCUGGGACCACAGUCUCCAAGAAAACCAUUAGUAACACACUACGCCGUCAUGGAUUAAAAUCCUGCAGCGCACGCAAGGUCCCCCUGCUCAAGCCAGCGCAUGUCCAGGCCCGUCUGAAGUUUGCCAAUGACCAUCUGGAUGAUCCAGAGGAGGAAUGGGAGAAGGUCAUGUGGUCUGAUGAGACAAAAAUAUAGCUUUUUGGUCUAAACUCCACUCGCUGUGUUUGGAGGAAGAAGGAUGAUGAGUACAACCCCAAGAACACCAUCCCAACCGUGAAGCAUGGAGGUGGAAGCAUCAUUCUUUGGGGAUGCUUUUCUGCAAAGGGGACAGGACGACUGCACCGUAUUGAGGGGAGGAUGGAUGGGGCCAUGUAUCGCGAGAUCUUGGCCAACAACCUCCUUCCCUCAGUAAGAGCAUUGAAGAUGGGUCAAAGCUGGGUCUUCCAGCAUGACAACGACCCGAAACACACAGCCAGGGCAACUAAGGAUUGUCUCCGUAAGAAGCAUCUCAAGGUCCUGGAGUGGCCUAGCCAGUCUCCAGACCUGAACCCAAUAAAACAUCUUUGGAGGGAGCUGAAAGUCUGUAUUGCCCAGCGACAGCCCCGAAACCUGAAGGAUCUGGAGAAGGUCUGUAUGGAGGAGUGGGCCAAAAUCCCUGCUACAGUGUGUGCAAACCUGGUCAAGACCUACAGGAAACGCAUGAUCUCUGUAAUUGCAAACAAAGGUUUCUGUACCAAAUAUUAAGUUCUGCUUUUCGGAUGUUUCAAAUACUUAUGUCAUGCAAUAAAAUGCAAAUUAAUUACUUAAAAAUCAUACAAUGUGAUUUUCUGGAGUUUUGUUUUAGAUUCCGUCUCUCACAGUUGAAGUGUACCUAUGAUAAAAAUUACAGACCUCUACAUGCUUUGUAAGUAGGAAAACCUGCAAAAUCGGCAGUGUAUCAAAUACUUGUUCUCCCCACUGUAUAUAUACAGUUGAAGUCGGAAGUUUACAUACACUUAGGUUGGAGUCAUUAACACUCGUUUUUCAACCACUCCACACAUUUCUUGUUAACAAACUAUAGUUUUGUCAAGUCGGAUAGGACAUCUACUUUGUGCAUGACUCAAGUAAUUUUUCCAACAAUUGUUUACAGACAGAUUAUUUCACUUAUAAUUCACUGUAUCACAAUUCCAGUGGGUUAGACGUUUACAUACACUAAGUUGAAAAUUAGGUCAUGGCUUUAGAAGCUUCUGAUAGGCUAAUUGACGUCAAUUGGAGGUGUACAUGUGGAUGUAUUUCAAGGCCUACCUUCAAACUCAGUGCCUCUUUGCUUGACAUCAUGGGAAAAUCAAAAUAAAUCAGCCAAGACCUCAGAAAAAAUAUUGUAGACCUCCCCAAGUUUGGUUCAUCCUUGGGAGCGAUUUCCACGUUCAUCUGUACAAACAAUAGUACGCAAGUAUAAACACCAUGGGACCACGCAGCCGUCAUACCGCUCAGGAAGGAGACGCGUUCUGUCUCCUAGAGAUGAACGUACUUUGGUGCGAAAAGUGCAAAUCAAUCCCAGAACAACAGCAAAGGACCUUGUGAAGAUGCUGGAGGAAACCGGUACAAAAGUAUCUAUAUCCACAGUAAAACGAGUCCUAUAUCGACAUAACCUGAAAGGCCGCUCAGCAAGGAAGAAGCCACUGCUCCAAAACCGCCAUAAAAAAGCCAGACUACGGUUUGCAACUGCACAAGACAAAAGAUCAUACUUUUUGGAGAAAUUUAAUCUGGUCUGAUGAAACAAAAAUAGAACUGUUUGGCCAUAAUGACCAUCGUUAUGGACAAUGACCCCAAGCAUACUUCCAAAGUUGUAGCAAAAUGGCUUAAGGACAACAAAGUCAAGGUAUUGGAGUGGCCAUCACAAAGCUCUGACCUCAAUCCUAUAGAACAUUUGUGGGCAGAACUGAAAAAGCGUGUGCGAGCAAGGAGGCCUACAAACCUGACUCAGUUACACCAGCUCUGUCAGGAGGAAUGGGCCAAAAUUCACCCAACUUAUUGUGGGAAGCUUGUGGAAGGCUACCCUAAACGUUUGACCCAAGUUAAACAAUUUACAGGCAAUGCUAACAAAUACUAAUUGAGUGUAUGUAAACUUCUGACCCACUGGGAUUGUGAUGAAAAAAAUAAAAGCUGAAAUAAAUAAUUCUCUCUACUAUUAUUUCACAUUCUUAAAAUGAAGUGGUGAUCCUAACUGACCUAAGACAGGGAAUUUUUACUAGAAUUAAAUGUCAGGAAUUGUGAAAAACUGAGUUUAAAUGUAUUUGGCUAAGGUGUAUGUAAACUUCCGACUUCAACUGUGUGUAUGUAUGUAUGUAUGUAUGUAUGUAUACUACUACAUGUCAAAAGUUUGGACACCUACUCAUUCAAGGGUUUUUCUUUAUUUUUACAUUGUAGAAUAAUAGUGACGACAUCAAUACUAUGAAAUAACACAUCAUGUAGUAACCAAAAAAGUGUUAAACAAAUCAAAAUAUAUUUUAUAUUUGAGAUUCUUCAAAUAGCCACCCUUUGCCUUGAUGACAGGUUUGCACACUCUUGGCAUUCUCUCUUGCACACUCUUGGCAUCUCAAGGAUGAAACAGGAUGCACCUGAGCUCGAUUUCGAGUCUCAUAACAACGGGUCUGAAUACUUAUGUAAAUAAGGUAUUUCUGUUUUUUUUUUUUUUAUGUAAAUUUGCACAUUUCUAAACCUGUUUUCACUUUGUCAUUAUGGGGUAUUGUGUAUAGAUUGAGGAUUUUUAUUGAUAUAUUAUUUAAAAAAAAUAAUAAGGCUGUAACGUGACAUUGUGGAAAAAGUCAAGGGGAUCUGAAUAAUUUCCGAAUGCACUGUGUAUGUGGACACCCCUUCAAAUUAGUGGAUUUGACGAUUUCAGCCACACCCGUUGCUGACAGGUGUAUAAAAUCGAGCACACCGCCAUGCAAUCUCCAUAGACAAACAUUGGCAGUAGAAUGGCCUUACUGACGAGCUCAGUGACUUUUAACGUCGCACCGUCAUAGAAUGCCACCUUUCCAACAAGUCAGUUCGUCAAAUUUCUUCCCUGCUAGAGCUGCCCCAGUCAACUGUAAGUGCUGUUAUUGUGAAGUGGAAACGUCUAGGAGCAGCAACUGCUGAGCCGCGAAGUGGUAGGCCACACGCUCACAGAACUGAAACGCUGAGUGUUGUAGCGCCUAAAUAUCCUCUGUUGCAACACUCACUACCGAGUUCCAAACUGCCUCUGGAAGCAACAUCAGCACAAGAACUGUUAGUCGAGAGCUUAAUUAAAUGGGUUUCCAUGGCCAAGCAGCCACACAAGCGUAAGAUCAUCAUGCGGAAUGCCAAGCGUCGCCUGGAGUGGUGUAAAGCUUGCCGCCGUUGGACUCUGGAGGAGUGGAAACGCGUUCUCUGGAGUGAUGAGUCACGCUUCACCAUCUGGCAGUCCAACGGUUGAAUCUGGGUUUGGCGGACGCCAGGAGAACGCUACCUGCCCGAAUGCAUAUUGCCAACUGUAAAGUUUGGUUGAGGAGGAAUAAUGGUCUGGGGCUGUUUUUCAUGUUUCGGGCUAGGCCCCUUAGUUCCACUGAAGGGAAAUCUUAAUGCUACAGCAUACAAUGACAUUCUAGUCGAUUCUGUUCUUCCAACUUUGUGGCAACAGGAAAACCUUCCCACAACAGUGGAGGCUAUUAUAGCAGCAAAGGGGGGACCAACUCCAUAUUAAUGCCCAUGAUUUUGGAAUGAGAUAUUCGACGAGCAGGUGUCCAAAUACUUUUGAUCAUGUAGUGUAUCAGUUUUUUUUGCAUUGGAUGCGUCUCAAUUCACUGCAUCCGCCUAUGUCACACUUCCGCAUCUGUGGUGACAGAGCUUGAGCGGUGUUUGUCAGACCAUGAGACAUCCCGAAAAUCGGUCUUCUCACAAAAUCGUCUGUAGCGUCUUGGGACUCGUCUGAAGUCGAUACAGCCGAUCUGCCAACUUCUGUCUGUAGCGUCCGUAAAGUUUAGGCUACAUACUAAUAUGACCGCUCUGUGCUAAGGUGAGACUCUGACGAACAUGUACAAAAAUGUAUGUUUCUUAAUCUUUCUUAUAUCUCUAAGAUAUAGAAAUGACACUUUAGAUAUUUAUUUUGUGGACUGUUGUUCCAUGUAGUGAAUCAGUUAUUCAAUGCGUUUGUAUGGGCUAAUAGCAGGAAGGCCAAAUACACUUUUUCAUCAAAUAACUUUUAUAUAUAUAUAUUUUUUAUACUUCAAGGGGUCUUAAUUGAAAAUGAAGUAGGAAAAUUAUCCUUGGUAUGACCUUAAAACAAUUCUAGAUAGAUUAGAAAUGCCUGUUUCCAGUUGCAGAGGCAUAUCUCAUUCGAUACAAAACAUGCAUUUAGUAUCUUUCUGAAUGUUCUAUGGUUUUUGUAGAACCACCUACAACUGGAAACAGACAUUUCAAAGAUGCUUUAGUUGAAAAAUCUAUGCCGGUGGUUUGUAUGGUGCUUUCCUGUAACGCCCAGUAAUGGACACCAAAAAUCUUUGUACACCAGUUAAUGUGAUAUAACCAAAUCUGUAGCUAUCGUUGCACAUGCCAUUUAUCGAUCAUGAGUGCAUGGAGUUGUCAAGAGCACAAACAGAUCUGGGACCAGGCUAAGUCUAGCUUAUUACAAGACUGUUUCAUGAUAACAUUUUGUUGUGUCCCUCCCAAAGUGUGUGUCACCUGUAGAUUCUCAGACAAAGUAAGAUUGAUCCAGAGCCAUGUUCAGUAGCUGAAAGUUGCAGUUAGAAAUCUCAUCAAUAGAGCCGACGUGUUUCCUUAUGCUACAAGUCAGAGAGCCACAUUAUUAGCAUUUCUCUAUCUGAACAUUCUAAAAGUUGCAUCCUGCUGAUUGCGCCCCUGAUUUCUAUCCUGUGGUAUUCCUCUGUGAUAGGUGUGUUGGACUGUGGAGGGGUGGAGUUUGAGGAUGGAGAGGAGGUGUAUGAUGCGAUUGGAGGGCUGCUGCAGGGGUCGUCUGCUGACUGUAAAAACGAGGAUGACAUCCGGGACAUCUGUCAGCAGAUGUUCAACACUCUUAAACUGUAAGUGCAACACACACAAAACCUUAACACCCACCUCUUUCACAACCAGCAUACAACACAAAGAUGAACUAAUUGUCACACACCAAAAGCUAAUAUUUUAUGUAAUUCCGCUUGCUGAUUCAUCAAAAAUGUACUCAUGUCUUUUCCACCAGGAGUAACGGACAUGCCGCUUCAAAGCAAGUGCUGCUCGACGCUCCGGUGCAGUUGUCUCAGAUAUCUGCAGAGUGUGGUAAGUCCCUUGUCUGCAGGGGGACUAAGGUCUUGCUCUUUGUUGUCAGCUUUACGGUCCAUGUUUGAUAUUUAUUCUGGUAGCCUGUAGUUAUGUUAUCUGUUGUUUUAGCCUUUUUUUACCUCUCUUUACCGUCCUCUACUGCUCGAACUUCCUAUUUUCUCUACCCUUUCUACCCCCUCUCCCAUGUCUUUUUAAAAUCCUUCCUGACUUAGUUACAUCAUUCCACUCCUUCUGUCUUUCCCCUCUCGUCUCAGUAUCUGCCACUAACGAUGUCCAAGGGAUCUGGAUGAUGAAGAGAGGCCAGAAUACAGUAAAGUAUUUUUGUUGCACCGUAUCUUCUUGUGUAUUACAUUCUUUGUCAAAGCUACAGGGCUGACUUGAACAUAUGUUAUUCUCCUGUGAACGUCAUCCAUUUUGUCUUCUUACACCACCACCAUCUCAGACUGUGGACGCGAGGAAGCUAGAGAAGGCCGAAGCCAAGCUGAAGCAAAAACAAGGGAGGAGGAAUGAACGUGAUUCGCAAAAAACUACUAGUCCACUGUGAGUUUCAUAUGCUUUUUAUCUACACAUCUAGACUAUGCAAACAGUUUAUCAUUGGCAGUGGUGGAAAAAAUAGCCAAUUGUCAUACCUGAGUAAAAGUAAAGAUGCCUUAAUAGAAAAUGACUCAAGUAAAAUUGAAAGUCACCCAGUAAAAUACUACUUGAGUAAAAGUCUAAAAGUAUUUGGUUUUAAAUGUACUUAAGUAUCAAAAGUAAAUGUAAUUGCUAAAAUAUACUUAAGUAUCAAAAGUAAAAGUAGAUAUGUUAAAUACAUUUUUGGAGCAAACCAGAUGGCACAAUUGUCUUCUUUUUUUUAACGGAUAGACAGGGGUACACUCCAACACUCAGACACCAUUUACAAACAAAGCAUUUGUGUUUAGUGAGUCUGCCAGACCAGACGCAGUAGGGAUGACCAGGGAUGUUCUCUUGAGAAGAGUGAGUUGGAUGAUUUUCGUGUCCUGCUUUAACAUUCAAAAUGUGACGAGUACUUUUGCGUGUCAGAGAAAAUGUAUUCAGUAAAAAGUACAUUAUUGUCUUUAGGAAUGUAAUAAAGUAAAAGUUGUCAAAUAUAUAAAUAGUAAAAAGGAUAAAGAACAUUAACAACUUCAUAGUUAAGAAUACUUUAACGAUAUGGAAGAAAAUGAAACGUAUUUUACAAGAACCAAUAUCACUCCCUAGAAACACAACCUUAUGGAAUAAUCCUUGGAUAGCUUUUCUGAAUUCAUCGAUAAAUUGGCCCACAUAGAAAACUAAAGGCAUAGAAACUGUAAAUGACUUGGUAACAGGAAAUACAUUUAUUUCCAUGACAGAAUUAAAAAGUAAUUUUGGACUGAAAAAAAUAUAAAAGCAAAAUGUAAAGUGUUGGUCCCAUGAGCUGAAAUAAAAAAUCUCAGAAAUAUUUUCCAUAUUUUCUAAAAUGUUGUGCACACAUUUGUUUACAUCCCUGUUGGUUAGCAUUUCUCCUUUGCCAAGAUAAUCCACCUGACAGGUAUGGCAUAUCAAGAAGCUGAUUAAACAACAUGGUCAUUACACAGGUGCAUCUUGUGCCGGGGACAAUAAAAGGCCACUCUAAAAUGUGCAGUUUUGUCACACAACACAGAUGUCUCAAGUGUUGAGGGAGUGUUCAAUUGGUAUGCUGACUGCAGGAAUGUCCACCAGAGCUCUUGCCAGAGAAUGUAAUGUUAAUUUCUCUACCAUAAGCUGCCUCAAACGUCGUUUUAGAGUAUUUUUCUGUAUGUCCAACCGGCCUCACAACCGCAGACCACGUGUAACCACGCCAGCCCAGGACCUCUCCAUCCGGCUUCUUAACCUGCGGUAUCGUCUGAGGGUUGGAGGUGGGGGUGCUGAGGAGUAUUUCUGUCUGUAAUAAAGCCCUGUGUGGGGAAAUACUCAUUCUGAUUGGCAGGGCCUGGCUGCCAAGUCAGGCUGCCCAGUCAUAUGGAAUCCAUAGAUUAGAGGCUAAUGAAUUUAUUUCAAUUGACAGAUUUCCUUUAUCAACUCUAACUCAGUAAAAUCUUUGAAAUUGUUGAGUUUAUAUUUUUGUUCAGUGUAGAUAGUUUAGAAUACAUGAAACUUAAAAGUUACAUCACAAAAUCUUGAUUUGAAAUAUUUUUGACAUCGGAGCAACCUUGAGGGAAUCUUAUUUGAGUCAGAAAAGGAUGUUCAUAUGAUGGGGAAGAUCUGCAAAACCUUGCAGAAAGCCUAUCCAACUGACAAUAUCUUAGAAAAAGUGAGACCCAAUGGGCUGGACGAUUCUUUUCCCAUCACUGAUUUUUUUGUAAAUAUUUUUAUUGAAAUAGCAUGGGCGGCUGAGAAACUAAUUGGUACAAUUUUAAGACCAAGUGGCAAACAAUAAUGCAGGCGCUAGGGAUAGUGGUGUGAGCAUGCGGGUCUGGGCAGAAGAGAUAUAGUCAUUGUUUGUAUGUGUCUGUAAGUUCGUAUGUAUACGUUUUUUUGUUUGUGGAAUGUACAAAAAAGAAAAGGAAAAAUUAAAUAUGAUUUAAAAUAUAUUUGUGAAUAUAUAUAUAUAUAUAUAUAUAUAUAUAUACACACACACACACUACCGUUCAAAAGUUUGGGGUCACUUAGAAAUGUCCUUGUUUCCGAAAGAAAAGCAAUUUUUUUGUCCAUUAAAAUAACAUCAAAUUGAUCAGAAAUACAGUGUAGACAUUGUUAAUGUUGUAAAUGGCUAUUGUAGCUGGAAACGGCUGAUUUUUUUAAUGGAAUAUCUACAUAGGCGUACAGAGGCCCAUUAUCAGCAACCAUCAGUCCUGUGUUCCAAUGGCACGUUGUGUUUGCUAAUCCAAGUUUAUCAUUUUAAAAGGAUAAUUGAUCAUUAGAAUUAUGUUAGCACAGCUGAAAACUGUUGUGCUGAUUUAAAGAAGCAAUAAAACUGGCCUUCUUGAGACUAGUUGAGUAUCUGGAGCAUCAGCAAUUGUGGGUUCGAUUACAGACAAAUGGCCAGAAACAAAUAACUUUCUUCUGAAACUUGUCAGUCUAUUCUUGUUCUGAGAAAUGAAGGCUAUUCCAUGCGAGAAAUUGCCAAGAAACUGAAGAUCUCGUACAACGCUGUGUACUACUCCCUUCACAGAACAGCGCAAACAGGCUCUAACCAGAAUAGAAAGAGGAGUGGGAGGCCCCGGUGCACAACUGAGCGAGAGGACAAAUACAUUGGAGUAUCUAGUUUGAGAAACAGACACCUCACAGGUCCUCAACUGGCAUCUUCAUUAAAUAGUACCCGCAAAACACCAGUCUCAACGUCAACAGUGAAGAGGCGACUCUGAGAUGCUGACCUUCUAGGCAGAGUUGCAAAGUGGGAGAUUUGUACAGGGUAAAAGGGAUCUUGAAGAAGGACAGUGCUUGAUUGGAGCCAGUUUCCUCCUACAACAGGACAAUGACCCAAAGCACAGCUCCAAACUAUGCAAUAACUAUUUAGGGAUGAAGCAGCCAGCUGGUAUUCUGUCUAUAAUGGAGUGGCCAGCACAGUCACUGGAUCUCAACCAUAUUGAGCUGUUGUGGGAGCAGCUUGACCGUAUGGUACGUAAGAAGUGCCCAUCAAGCCAAUCCAACUUGUUGGAGGUGCUUCAGGAAGCAUGGGGUGAAAUCUCUUCAGAUUACCUCAACAAAUUGACAACUAAAAUGCCAAAGGUCUGCAAGGCUAUAAUUGCUGCAAAUGGAGGAUUCUUUGACGAAAGCAAAGUUUGAAGGACACCAUUAUUAUUUCUAUUAAAAAUCAUUAUUUCUAACCUUGUCAAUGACUGCAUUCCCUAUGCAUUUUGCUAUAUUUCCUAUUCAAACUCAUUUCAUGUAUGUUUCAUGCAAAACAAGGAUAUUUCUAAGUGACCCCAAGCUUUUGAAUGGUAGUGUUGUGUGUGUGUGUGUAUAACCAGUCAAACGUUUGGACAAACCUACUCAUUCAAGGGUUUUUCUUCAUUUUAUUUUUACAAUUUGAUACAUUAUAGAAUAAUAGUGAAGACAUAAAACUAUAAAAUAACACAUAUGGAAUCAUGUAGUAACCACAAAAGUGUUCAACAAAUCAAAAUAUACUGUUCCAAAAAAUAAAGGGAACACUUAAACAAUACAAUGUAACUCCAAGUCAAUCACACUUCUGUGAAAUCAAACUGUCCACUUAGGAAGCAACACUGAUUGACAAUACAUUUCACAUGCUGUUGUGCAAAUGGAAUAGACAACAGGUGGAAAUUAUAGGCAAUUAGCAAGACACCCCCAAUAAAGGACUGGUUUUGCAGGUUGUGACCACAGACCACUUCUCAGUUCCUAUGCUUCCUGGCUGAUGUUUUGGUCACUUUUGAAUGCUGGCGGUGCUUUCACUCUAGUGGUAGCAUGAGAAGGUGUCUACAACCCACACAAGUGGCUCAGGUAGUGCAGCUCAUCCAGGAUGGCACAUCAAUGCGAGCUGUUGCAAGAAGGUUUGCUGUGUCUGUCAGCGUAGUGUCCAGAGCAUGGAGGCGCUACCAGGAGAUAGGCCAGUACAUCAGGAGACGUGGAGGAGGCCGUAGGAGGGCAACAACCCAGCAGCAGGACUGCUACCUCCGCCUUUGUGCAAGGAGGAGCAGGAGGAGCACUGCCAGAGCCCUGCAAAAUGACCUCCAGCAGGCCACAUGUGCAUGUGUCUGCUCAAACGGUCAGAAACAGACUCCAUGAGGGUGAUAUGAGACGCCGUGGAUAACGUUCUGCUGCCUGCAACAUCCUCCAGCAUGACCGGUUUGGCGGUGGGUCAGGCAUGGUGUGGGGUGGCAUUUCUUUGCGUGGCCGCACAGCCCUCCAUGUGCUCGCCAGAGGUAGCCUGACUGCCUUUAGGUACCGAGAUGAGAUCCUCAGACCCCUUGUGAGACCAUAUGCUGGUGCGGUUGGCCCUGGGUUCCUCCUAAUGCAAGACAAUGCUAGACCUCAUGUGGCUGGAGUGUGUCAGCAGUUCCUGCAAGAGGAAGGCAUUGAUGCUAUAGACUGGCCCGCCCGUUCCCCAGACCUGAAUCCAAUUGAGCACAUCUGGGACAUCAUGUCUCGCUCCAUCCACCAACGCCACGUUGCACCACAGACUGUCCAGGAGUUGGCGGAUGCUUUAGUCCAGGUCUGGGAGGAGAUCCCUCAGGAGACCAUCCGCCACCUCAUCAGGAGCAUGCCCAGGUGUUGUAGGGAGGUCAUACAGGCACGUGGAGGCCACACACACUACUGAGCCUAAUUUUGACUUGUUUUAAGGACAUUACAUCAAAGUUGGAUCAGCCUGUAGUGUGGUUUUCCACUUUAUUUUUGAGGGUGACUCCAAAUCCAGACCUCCAUGGGUUGAUAAAUUUGAUUUCCAUUGAUAAUUUUGUGUGAUUUUGUCAGCACAUUCAACUACGUAAAGAAAAAAGAAUUUAAUAAGAUUAUUUAAUUCAUUCAGAUCUAGGAUGUGUUAUUUUAGUGUUCCCUUUAUUUUUUUGAGCAGUGUAUAUUUUAGAUUCUUCAAAUUAGCCACCCUUUGCCUUGACUGCUUUGCAUUCUCUCAACCAUCUUCACCUGGAAUGCUUUUCCAACAGUCUUGAAGGAGUUCCCAUAUAUGCUGAGCACUUGUUGGCUGCUUUACCUUCACUCUGCGGUCCAACUCAUCCCAAACCAUCUCAAUUGGUUUGAGGUCGGGGUAUUGUGGAGGCCAGGUCAUCUGAUGCAGCACUCCAUCACUAUCCUUCUUGGUAAAAUAGCCUUUACACAGCCUGGUGGUGUGUUUUGGGUCAUUGUCCUGUUGAAAAACAAAUGAUAGUCCCACUAAGUGCAAACCAGAUGGGAUGACGUAUCGCUACAGAAUGCUGUGGUAGCCGUGCUGGUUAAGUGUGCCUUGAAUUCUAAAUACAUCACUGACCGUGUCACCAGCAAAGCACCAUCACACCACCACCUCCAUGAUUCACGGUGGGAACCACACAUGCAGAGAUCAUCUGUUCUCCUUCUCUGCGUCUCCCACAGCAACAGCGGCUGCACUUGAAGAAACUUUCAAAGUUCUUGACGUUUUCCGGAUUGACUGACCUUCAUGUCUUAAAGUAAUGAUGGACUGUUGUUUCUCUUUGCUUAUUUGAGUUGUUCUUGCCAUAAUAUGGACUUGGUCUUUUACCAAAUAGGGCUAUCUUCUGUAUACCACCCCUACCUUGUCACAACACAACUGAUUGGCUGAAAUGCAUUAAGAAGGAAAGAAAUUCCACAAAUUAACUUUUUAAGAAGGCACACCUGUUAAUUGAAAUGCAUUCCAGGUGACUACCUCAUGAAGCUGGUUGAGAGAAUACCAAGAGAGUGCAAAGCUGUCAUCAAGGAAAAGGGUGACUACUUUGAAGAAUCUCAAAUCUCAAAUAUAUUUUGAUUUGUUUAACACUUUUUUCGUUACUGAAUGAUUUCAUAUGUGUUAUUUCAUAGUUUUGAUGUCUUCACACUAUUUCUACAAUGUAGAAAAUAGUAAAAAUAAAGACAAACUCUUGAAUGAGUAGAUGUUUCCAAACUUUUGACUGGUACUAGGUGUGUGUGUGUAAAUACAUAGUAAAGUACAGAUACCCCAAAAACAACUUACAGUGCCUUGCAAAAGUAUUAAUCCCCCUUGGCUUUUUCCUAUUUUGUUGCAUUACAACCUGUAAUUUAAAUAGAUUUUUAUUUGGAUUUCAUGUAAUGGACAUACACAAAAUAGUCCAAAUUGGUGAAGUGAAAUGGAUUCUAAAAAAUAAAUAACGGAAAAGUGGUGCGUGCAUAUGUAUUCACCCCCUUUGCUAUGAAGUCCGUAAAUAUGAUCUGGUGCAACAAAUUACCUUCUGAAGUCACAUAAUUAGUUAAAUAAAUUCACCUUUGUGCAAUCUAAGUGUCACAUGAUCUGUUACAUGAACUCAGUAUAUAUACACCUGUUCUGAAAGGACCCAGAGCCUGCAACACCACUAAGCUAGAGGCACCACCAAGCAAGCGGCACCAUGAAGACCAAGGAGCUCUCCAAACAGGUCGGGGACAAAGUUGUGGAGAAGUACAGAUCAGGGUUGGGUUAUAAAAAAAUAUCCGAAACAUUGAGUAUCCCACGGAGCACCAUUAAAUCCAUUAUUUAAAAAUGGAAAGAAUAUAAUAAUAUAAUAUGCCAUUUAGCAGACGGCACCACAAAAACAUUUUUUACAUUUUAGUAAUUUAGCAGACGCUCUUAUCCAGAGCGACUUACAUGAGCAACUAGGGUUAAGUGCCUUGCUCAAGGGCAUAUCAACAGAUUUUUCACCUAGUCGGCUCGGGGAUUAGAACCAGCGACCUUUCGGUUACUAGCACAACGCUCUUACCCACUAAGCUACCUGCCAAGAGAGGGCCGCCCAUCAAAACACACGGACCAGGCAAGGAGGGCAUUAAUCAGAGGCAACAAAGAGACCAAAGAUAACCCUGAAGGAGCUGCAAAGCUCCAGAGCGGAGAUUGGAGUAUCUGUCCAUAGGACCACUUUAAGCCGUACACUCCACAGAGCUGGGCUUUACGGAAGAGUGGCCAGAAAAACGCCAUUGCUUAAAGAAAAAAAUAAGCAAACACGUUUGGUGUUCGCCAAAAAGCAUGUGGGAGACUCCCCAAACAUAUGGAAGAAGGUACUCUUUGCAGAUGACACUAAAAUUGAGCUUUUUGGCCAUCAUGCUGUGGGUAUGUUUUUCAUCAUCAGGGACUGGGAAACUGGUCAGAAUCGAAGGAAUGAUGGAUGCCGCUAAAUACAGGGAAAUUCUUGAGGGAAACCUGUUUGUCUUCCAGAGAUUUGGGACUGGGAAGGAGGUUCACCUUCCAGCAGGACAAUGACCCUAAGCAUACUGCUAAAGCAACACUCGAGUGGUUUAAGGGACAACAUUUAAAUGUUGUGACAUGACUUAAAGAUUGCUGUACACCAGUGGAACCCAUCCAACUUGAAGGAGCUGGAGCAGUUUUGCCUUGAAGAAUGGGCAAAAAUCCCAGUGGCUAGAUGUGCCAAGCUUAUAGAGACAUACCCCAAGAGACUUGCAGCUGUAAUUGCUGCAAAAAAGUGGCUCUACAAACUAUUGACAUGGGGGGGUGAAUAGUUAUGCACGCUCAAGUUUUUUGUCUUCUUGUUUGUUUCACAAUAAAAAAUAUUUUGCAUCUUCAAAGUGGUAGGCAUGUUGUGUAAAUCAAAUGAUACAAACCCCCCAAAAAUCCAUUUUAAUUCCAGGUUGUAAGGCAACAAAAUAGGAAAAAUGCCAAGGGGGGUGAAUACUUUCGCAAGCCACUAUAUAAGUAGUACUUGAAAGUAUGUUUACUUAAGUACUUUCCACCACUGAUCAUUGGUUUGGUAUUGUGACAGCAAACAUACACAUUUCCAUUCACCAAUGUAUGAAGAAGUUCGGUUAUAGUGUCAGACUGAUGUGACUUGGACUGAUGUUUCACCUCUGCCAGUCUCUGUCUCUCUUACGCUGUCUCUCUUCCUCUGUACUCACUCUCUGUACUUCUAUCUCUUCGUCUCCUUCUGGUUCCCUCUGUCCCUCUCCCUCUGUGUCUGUCUCGCUCUGUCCUUUUUCCCCUCUGUCUGUGUCUUUCUCAGGGUACUGGAGGAGGCAUCAGCCAGCCAGGCCAGUAGCAAGAAAGACAGUCGCGUUGACUUGUCCGGGAAGAAUCGCAGCUACGACAUCCGCAUUGAGAACUUUGAUGUGUCGUUUGGCGAGCGGUGAGUGGUUCACCCCUAGGCUGUGUCCUAAAUGGCACCACAUCCAUAUUAAGUGCACUACUUUUGACCAGGGCCAAUAGUAUAGUAGUGUGCUAUAUAGGGAAUAAGGUGCCAUUUGGGUUGAAGCCACACUUACGCAUUCUCCUACUGUUUCCAGCGCUGGAGCAGGACACCGUUUCCACCGGCAUUUACCUUGCAUUUAAAAAGGGUUGGUGUGGUUAUGGUAGUUACUUUCUGCAAAUUGCUUUAAAGAAUUCAACACAACUACCUGAUAUCAAGUGGUGCGUAGCAAUGCUUGUUUAAAUAAAUCACAAACGACUAAAUGAGUGAAAUCAUAAGUUAUAACUGUGUGAUUACCAUUUUAUGUGAUUUAUUAGUUAAUACCAUACAGUGAGAGAGAGACAAAGAGAGUAGGAGAGAGACGGAGACAUUUCUUAGUCUGUACCGUAAACAAUAUGCAAGCAACUUGUCUCUCUCUCGCUCUGUAUUUCCAGGUCCUUGCUGCAGGGGGCGGAGCUGUCUCUGUCGACAGGUCGCCGCUACGGCCUGAUUGGCCGCAACGGCCUGGGGAAGACCACGCUGCUGAAGAUGCUGGCGAGCCGCAGCCUGCGCGUCCCCGCCCACAUCACGAUCCUGCACGUGGAGCAGGAGGUCGCUGGCGACGACACAGGGGCGCUGCAGAGCGUGCUGGAGAGCGACACGGUCCGGGAGGGGCUCCUGACGGAGGAACGCCUGCUCAAUGCGCGCAUCGCCAACGGAACGUACGUCUUACUCACCCAAAUAAUCCCCAAAGCUGUCAACAGAGGGCUCAUAUUGGAACGAGUCAAUACUGGCGGCCUUGGCAGAUUUAAAUGUUGUUGUUGCAGGAAUUUUACACUUUUGGGUUUGAAACUGCAACAGUCACUGAACCUGCAGUUUAUUCUGUUCUAUUUUAGUGCUGAAGGAAUGGAGACUGUUCGACUGUCAGAGAUCUACGCUAAACUGGAGGAGAUUGAAGCAGAUAAGGCACCUGCCCGGUAAAGAGCCACACUAAACAUGUCUGCACAUAAUGUCAUAUCUGUGUUUACGUUACAUUAGCAGUGCAUUUAUAUUUACACGUAUUUACCAAUGGUGUGUAUACAACAGAUGACUAUGCACUGUGCAGUAUAAUUGUAACAAGUGUAUGCAUUUUCUGAUUUGAUGAGUUGAUUGUUUGCUCCUUCCCUCUCUCUCUUUUUCCCUCUCUUUUACACAGAGCUUCAAUCAUCCUAUGUGGUUUAGGUUUUUCUCCUAAAAUGCAAACGCAGACAACCAAGUAAGUUACCGUCUGUGUGUGUGUGUGUGUGUGUGUGUGUGUGUGCGCAGACGCGGAUGUGAUUAACGGAUCGCUCUGUGUGUUCUCUUCACAGGGAGUUUUCUGGAGGUUGGAGAAUGAGAUUAGCUCUGGCUAGAGCUCUCUUCGCCAAGUGAGUCUCUCCUUAUUUUAUCCAAAGGACAGUCUUCCCAAUUAAAAUACAAGGACAGAGAUUAUAUUAGAAUAUUGAUGUACAUUUAUAAAGCUCUUAUGAGCUAUUUCCAGAAUCUCAAUUUAUAGACCAUCUAUUCAACACAGUUUAUGAAGACAUAAAUUGUGGCUCUGCUAAAUAUUGUAAGGAUAGCUUCAAUUCUCUAAAUAAUGUGUAUUUUCUUUCUUUUUAGGCCUGAUCUUUUGUUACUUGAUGGUGAGUGAUUUAAACCACAUUAAGUAUUUUUGUAUUGAGUAUCUUUGAACAGUUUGACGGUGUCCAGUAGUCAGCGCAAACGCCCUUUAACUGACUGUCUGUCUCUGUCUUUCUGUCUGUCUGUGUUUGUUUCUCAGAGCCCACCAACAUGUUGGAUGUCCGAGCCAUUCUUUGGCUGGAGAAUUACCUGCAGGUAGGUUACUCCUGCUUACCGACACUCUUAACAUUGCAUGCCGAAUCCAGUUCGGGUGCCCUUCUCCCUAAAGUGUGCACAUUCUCACUCCCAGGAUUUAAAAGCAUUGGUUUGGUGAAAGCAUGAGCAAGCGUGAGCUAGAGUGACUAUCCGCCAAUCCAGGGCAAGGGGUGUGAAUGAGUGUACAUUUCAGGGAGAAGUGUAGAGAAUAGGAAGAUAGGGUAUGUUUUAAUUGCAUGAGCAACAAGUUAAAAUGUGGUGGGUAAUUCAACUUUGCUGUCAACUUUUUGCCUAUGGGGGUGCUCUUGAGCCAAAAGGGGUCCGCCCCCCAAAAAAAGGGUCCGCUAAAUUGGCAGAAAGGGGCAAAGCAUACAUAGUUAGCUUCAAAUGGAUUGUGUGGUUUCACAAGUUAUGAAAUUGCAAACAAAGGUUGUGUCCCACUAAUAUUUCCCUUCUCCUGAAGUGUGCACUCUUUCAAUACUUCCUACAAAUCUGAAGACAUUGGAUUGGUGGAGGCAUUGGCUAGGUGGAGUUACCACCAUAUUUCUUAUACCAGUUAUUUCCUUUUGAAAUCAGUGAAUGGAAGUGAACGAGUGCACACUUUUGGAGGAAGGAGAGGUAAUUGUGACAUAGCUAAAGCAUGAGCAACAAGUUAAACUCCCAUAUCGGCUGUUUAACCCCCCCCCCCCCCCACAGACCUGGCAGACCACCAUCCUGGUGGUGUCCCACGACCGGAACUUCCUCAACGCCGUGGUGACUGACAUCAUCCACCUGCACUCGCAGCGGCUGGAGAGUUACCGUGGCGACUACGAGAACUUUGUCAAGACCAAAGAGGACCGCCUGAAGAACCAGCAGAGGGAGUACGAGGCCCAGUUUCAGUACAGAGAGCACAUCCAGGUUAGGAACCCACACACAGUCAUGCACACACCCAUUUUCUCUCACGUUGAGGUACCCACAGACAAACUAAAAGGCCUAUGGCAAGCGUAAUAACAAUACACUUUCUAAGCAUUUGUCUUUGCUGAUUAGUGUUUGGUUAUUUUAUAUGAUCUUGAUAUGCCAAACUUAUCAACAUCCUGCUAAAUACUUAUUAGAAUAUAUGUUAUAGUGUCUUAUUUCUAUAUAUUAUAAUCGUGGAUUGAUCACCUCCCUCUGUGUCCCAGGUGUUCAUCGACCGGUUCAGAUACAACGCCAACAGAGCGGCACAGGUGCAGAGCAAACUGAAGCUCUUAGAAAAACUGUGAGUAACCAUCUCUUUCAAAAAUAAGAUGUUAACACGCACCCCACUCUGCUUUCUCUCAUGUAGGGCUCCCUGGGAAUUACAGCCUGAAAGUGCAAUUCAUUGUAAAGGAUAACUCCUGUCUUGCACAUGCAUGAUGACCUCUGUGUGUUUGUUUGCCUGUGCACGGGGGAAUGGUCAUUGUAAAGAAUAUCUAUUGUUGUCAUCUGUCGUCCAUUCCCUCACUGUUCUUCUCUUGUCUCCUGCAGGCCUGAACUCAAACCUCUGGAGAAGGAAACCGAAGUCACCUUAAAGUAAGAGACCGCUCCUUCUGUCCCGAAUGAAGUCUGGUUUCAAUUCUCAUUCAUCUGAGUGGUAACGUGUGUGUGUGUGCGCAUCUGUCCACAGGUUCCCUGAUAACUUUGAGAAGCUGUCUCCCCCAGUGCUCCAGUUGGAUGAGGUGGAGUUCUACUAUAACACCGACCAGCGCCUCUUCACACAGCUGUCGGUGUCUGCAGACUUGGAGUCUCGCAUCUGCAUCGUACGUAUUAAUCACACUGCUCUCAAUUCUGAUAACUAGCUUGAUUGAAACGAGUUCUAAAAUACAUGCACUGCUAAUAGUUCGGGAUGCACUGAUGUGACAGUUCUGGGCAGAUGCCAAUAUCCAAUAUUUUCUUAGCAAUAUCGACCGAUUUCAGAUAUAUUUUCAUUUUAUGGCACUUUUAACCAUUCUAGCAGAGAUACGAACUGCAAUCAACUUUCUAUGUUCAUAAGGCUUUUGUCCCCCCAUCGGGCCAAUAUGGUGUUAGAUUAAUUUGUAUUUUAAGAAUAAUGACUAAAGGAUUUCACCCCAAAUACAGUAUAAACUGUAUUAGAAUUAUAAUGUAUUAGAAUGAUAAUGUAUUGUCAACUUACUAACAGAGGGGGGCGGGACUAAACAUUCCAGGGUGAAGGGGACUGAGGAAACGGGUUACAGGGGGCCUCCUAGAGGUGGGCGGAGCAGGGUGCCUUUGUGUGUUGAGGUAUAAAACAGGAGUGUAUGGGUUUUGGCGCCAGAGCUCUCCAUGAAUAAAGAUACAGAUAAUCCUUGUUGGUUGUGGACCUUGAAUCAUUUAUGAUUAAAACCAGAGCCUUACAACCUCUGGUAAUGAUUCAAGCUUAGGUUGAAUUAGAGAUAGAAAUUAUCUUAACAUAUGGUCACUGAUAUAUUGUGCGUCCAUUGAUAGUGUACUUUUAAACCUGUGAAACACUUCCACAGCCAAGGCUCUGUGCAACCUUCCAACUGCUAAAGAAGUACGUACCUACAGUCUCUCUCUUGCUCUCUCGCUCUUCUCUCGCGCUCUCUCUCUCUCUCUCAGGUGGGUGAGAACGGGGCGGGUAAAUCCACCAUGCUCAAGCUACUGAUGGGAGAGUUAACGCCCGUCAACGGCAUCAGACACAGCCAUCGGUGAGGUUCCAUGCUUGACGUCAGGCCAUGUUGCUCUGCUGCUAAUGUGUGUCUCGGUGUGUGUGCGUGUCCACAGGCUCCCUUGUAACUUUCAGAAGCUUUGUGUGCGUAAAGGGAAGUAAACAACAGCUUUAUUUCCCGUUCUCGCUCAGGAACCUGAAGAUCGGUUACUUCAGUCAGCACCACGUGGAUCAACUGGACCUCAACGUGUGUUCAAUUGAGCUGCUACUCAACAAAUUCCCAGGUGACCACCACCACCAAAACAUACCAAUACUGAUCUUUAUCAAAGCCUGGGCUGUGUUCAUUAGGCACCAAAUGCAAAGGAAACUGAUUGGAACAGGGAUGGGCUACCUGGACUUGGUCCAAUAAGAAAUGCCCAGUUUUUUCGUUGUGUGCCCUAAUGAACACAACACUGGUGGUUGUUACGGAUCCCUAUAGAUGGGUUACCUGACAACGUCACAAAAACAAUGCGCGCACUUCAGCUUCAAUGGUGCAAAAGGCAGUGUGUUGUGAUUCUGGAUGGCCAGAUAGCUAGCAACAAUGACAAGAAGCUGCCAUGUGAGGAAUCGUAGGUAGCUUGUUUCAGCUUGUUUGAUCUUGUUCUUGAUACUAUGUCUUGUUUUGACUGUCACAUCUAUGCUAAUAUGACAAAAAUUCGCUAGCUAGCUAACCAACAACUGUAAAGAUGUAUUUGAGAGAACAGGUGCUCAUUGUGCACAUUUAUUUUUGCUAAACAACCAGCCCCUCUAUAGCCUGCAGUCUUUGUAAUUUGUAACCCCUUUUGUCCCUUCCUCCCUCCCAGGUCGUAACGAGGAGGAGUACAGGCACCAGCUGGGUGGCUAUGGGAUAACAGGGGAGCUGGCCACUCGGCCGGUGGCCAGUCUGUCAGGAGGGCAGAAGAGCCGGGUGGCCUUCGCCCAGAUGACCAUGCCUUGGUAAUGUAUUUUAUUAUUACACUCCAUGACCCCAACAUUUCACACAUGAUUUCUCACAUUGUCAAAUUGUCAUUUUGUGGUAAUAAACUGGUUGAAAAGUUGAAAAAACGUCCUUGUACAAGCAGUAUACAACCUGACCAUGAUGUCUAAUAAUGUGAUUGUAACCAGGUUUGCCAGCUGGGUUACAUCUCUCUAUCCUUCAGAUGUUAAACCGACUCUGUGGUCACUCAAGAACGCAUGGUAGUUGUUGCAAGAGUAGGGAUGUUAACCCGGGUGUCUGGGCUAAAUUCCCUAAUGGCCCCUCAUACCACCACGGCCACCUAAUCAUCAUCCCCAGCUUCCAAUUGGCUUGUUCAACCCCUCCUCUCCCCUGUAACUCAUCCCCAGGUCGUGGCUGUAAAUGAGAAUUUGUUUUCAACCAACUUACCUUGUAAAUCAGAAAAAGACUGUACAUCUGUCAAACUGCCCUGAUAACACUAGGAACAGAACUGGAGAGAGGACAUGAGAGAACGCUAUUCAUUUUGGGAAGUGUCAAGAUCCUAAUGAUGAGAUGGUCAUAAUCAGUCUCAGAAUGUAUGUUAUUAUUAGGGUUGCCGGCAGCAAAGCACCCCUAAUAAUAUUGUUGGAAUAGCUCUUGUCGGAAUAGCUCAAUGCCCGAUUAGUCAAAAAAUGUAUACUUUGGCAAUAUCAAAGUAUAUCAACACCACUACUCGGACACUAAAAAUGGCACGAAUCGGCCCAUAGCUGGCGCUGUAUUAAGUAUUCAAAGUCUAAUGCUCAGCCCCACCUCCCCGUUUGACGUAUAACCACGAAAUUUGGUAUAUCAGUGUUUCUCAUCAUAAGGAGCAAAUUUGCUUCAUGAACCCAUGAGGUCUGCCAUUUUGAAUUUUCCGACAUGUUGGAUUUUUUGAUCAAAUCUUCUAAAAUCUUCUCAUGAACCGUAUAUCCGGUUGACUUGAAUCGAAACUCAGAAUGUAUGUCUCUACUAAGUUUGAGAAAAGCGAUACGUCAAAAGAUGGAAGAGAAAAUGGCAACUUCGUAAAAAAUAUUAUUAACUUCACUUGUCUUCGCUCUAUCACCUUGAAACUGAUUAAGGGUAUUGACGACACUAGUAGGAAGCAGGUGUUGAUGUAAAAAAAAUAACAUGGAAACAGUAAGAAAUUAGUUGUGAACCUCCCAACAGUUAGCAUUCAUGCUAAUGCUAAAAAGCGAUUAUUCAAAUGAAGUCUCGAGAUUUGGCGACUACAGUGUUUGUUAGUCCCUACAAAGUUUGCCAAGGAAUAAUUGCUACGUCAAACACAGCCACUUCAUGACGCUAUAAAUAAUUUGCACAUAGUAUUUUGAAUUGUUAAAUGUACAAGGAUGUAUAAUGCUUCAAUGCAGCCGUCUCUUUCAGCCUGCUCAUAAACCAGCACCCUGUUUCAUUGCUGCUUGCAUCUAUAUUUGAUCUCGUACUCACGUUUUCUCUCUUUCAGCCCAAACUUCUAUAUCCUUGACGAGCCGACCAAUCACCUGGACAUGGAAACAAUCGAGGCUCUAGCGAAGGCGCUCAACAAAUUCAAAGUAAGCUUGUUUCACUAUAAGUCGCUGAGAAAAUUUCCUUUAUUUAUCUCACAAUGUUAAUCAGUAGAGUAAAUAUGGAGAAACUGUAAGUCAUGGAUCGAUUUUCUUUAAACAGCCACUGCAAGCUUAUUUUGGCCACCACUAGCUAACAAUCAAUGGAAGUGAUAGCACUUGAACACUUUAAGUUUUAAGGUGCGUAUAUACCCUUCUUUAAUUAUAUCCUCUCCUCAGGGUGGGGUGGUCCUUGUCUCUCACGACGAGCGUCUGAUCCGGCUGGUGUGCAGAGAGCUGUGGGUCUGUGAGCACGGGAACGUGCGGCGAGUGGAGGGGGGCUUUGACGAGUACCGGGAUAUCUUGCAGGAACAGUUCCGCAAGGAGGGCUACCUGUGAGAGGGAGGAGGGACCUUCCAAAACCUACCACCCCAGGCAACUUUCCCAUUACGCCAACUAUGACAGACUUGCCAAGUUACCAAUCGAUUUCAGCCCCCAAUAACCUAAAGCCCCCCCCACUCUCCAUUCCCCGACUGCCAAUCAUCAUCCUGAGUUUUACUGGCUGUUGUUCCAGCAUUUAUCUCUGCUCCCCCACACCACCGUUUUUCUUUUGUUUGCGAUUUAGCUCGGCCCGGCAGUUCAAAGUGACAUACUCUUGUCUAUUGUCCUGAAGCAGACAUGUUUUAGGCUACAUGAAGUGCAAACUCUGUCCACAUGGAAUGUCAAUUGUGCAUGUACUCUGUGUACUCCGAAACUGCUCCGGCCUACCCACUCCCAACCUUCCUGAUCAUAAUAGUUUGAGCUGGUUUGGUUCACUUAACAACAAGGAGGAUAUUCCAUAAUGUGAAGGUGGGGGUGUUGUGCCCUCUCUUUAACUGUUAACCCCAUGUGGGCAGCCAUCUUGGAAUAAUGCUACAUCCUUUUAGCUCCUAAUAUCAGUGAAGGGACGAAUAUGUACAUCAGAAAAUUUGAAACAAUGUUCUCGAUUUCUUCAUCCAUGUUGAGUAUGUGUGUGAUUGAGUGGGAGAGAGCGAGGAUAUAUUUCAAGUGCAUAUGGGGAGAUGUUUCUCCUGAACGUGUGUUCUUGAUGGAGAGGGAGCAUCUCUUAGUCAGUGGAACCCAGGGCGAAGCCGAAAUGGCACCCUGUUCCCAACAUAGUGCAGUAUUUUGUGAACUUGCCAAAAGUGCACAAUAGCGAAAAUGGUGUAAUUUCAGACACACCUGGUCUUGUUCAUUAGGCACCAAAUGAAAGAAAACAGUCUGAAACAGGGAGGGAUUACAUGGACUUGUCCAAUAAGAAA